AUGGGCACUUCGCUAGUCUCAAGUAUCAUUAUUCUUCGAUUGGUUGUGAAUGCCUUUCUCUCUUUUUAUUCUUACUGGACUCAGCAUCUAAUAUUCUUUUUUUCAUCGCUUGGCAUUCAUUUUCUUUCAGUUCUUUUAUCAACUUCUCUCUCUCUCUCUUUUAUUUACACCUCUUACUGUCUCUCUUUUCUUUUCUUUUUUAUUAUAACUUCUUUUUCUCUCUUUUUUUCUUACUUUCUUCACUCUCAUCUAUUUCUUUCUUCGCUCAGCAUUUAUUACCCUCUUUCUCUUCUUUAUUUCUUCGCUCAGCAUUUAUUACCCUCUUUCUCUUUUUUAUUUCUUCGCUCAGCAUUUAUUACCCUCUUUCUCUUUUUUAUUUCUUCGCUCAGCAUUUAUUACCCUCUUUCUCUUCUUUAUUUCUUCGCUCAGCAUUUAUUACCCUCUUUCUCUUUUUUAUUUCUUCGCUCAGCAUUUAUUACCCUCUUUCUCUUCGCUUUUAUUUCUUCGCUCAGCAUUUAUUACCCUCUUUCUCUUUUUAUUUUCUUCGCUCAGCAUUUAUUACCUCUUUCUCUUCUUUAUUUUCUUCGCUCAGCAUUUAUUACCCUCUUUCUCUUCUUUAUUUCUUCGCUCAGCAUUUAUUACCCGCUUUCUCUUCUUUGUUUCUUCGCUCAGCAUUUAUUACCCUCUUUCUCUUCUUUAUUUCUUCGCUCAGCAUUUAUUACCCUCUUUCUCUUUUUUCUUUCUUCGCUUCAGCAUUUAUUACCCUCUUUCUUCUUUAUUUCUUCGCUCAGCAUUUAUUACCCUCUUUCUCUUCUUUAUUUCUUCUUUUGUGCCUUUUCUUUCUUCGCUCGGCAUUUAUUACCAUCUUUUUCUUCUUUAUUUCUUCGCUCGGCAUUUUAUUACCCUCUUUCUCUUCUUUAUUUCUUCGCUCUCUCUUCAUUUAUUACCCUCUUUCUCUUCUUUAUUUCUUCGCUCGGCAUUUAUUACCCUCUUUCUCUUCUUUAUUUCUUCGCUCAGCAUUUAUUACCCUCUUUCUCUUCUUUAUUUCUUCGCUCGGCAUUUAUUACCCUCUUUCUCUUCUUUAUUUCUUCGCUCAGCAUUUAUUACACUCUUUCUUUUCUUUAUUUCUUCACUCAGGAUUUAUUACUCCAUUUCUUUUCUUUUUCAUCGCUCAGCAUUUAUUACACUCUUUCUUUUCUUUUUGUUUUUUGUUUUCGCUCAGCAUUUUUCAUCGCUCAGCAUUUUUACUUUUCUUUUUUUUGUUCGCUCAGCAUUUAUUACACUCCUUUUUUUUUCUUCGCUCAGCAUUUUUUUUAUACUCUUUCUUUCUUUUUUUCUUCGCUGGAAAUUUAUUACACUCUUUUUUUUGUCUGUUUUCUUCCCCUAUCAUUUAUUCAUUUUUUCUUCCCUCAAAAUUUGUUCCGUCUUUUCUUUGUUCUUAUUCUUUCUUUUUUUUUGUCUUUUCUUCUUUCCCUCAUCAUUUAUUACACUUUUCUUUAUUUCUUUCCCUCAAUCAUUUUUUACAAACUUUAUUUUUUUUUCUUCGCUCACAUCUAUGCCAUUCUCAGUCUUUGUCUUUUUAUUUGUUUUCGCCUAGUUUGUUCUUUUCUUUUCUUCGCUGAAAUUUCUUUUUUUCUUUUCUUUGUUUUCUCAUUCUUUUUCCCAUUUAUAACACUCUUUUUCUUUCUCUCUGCGCCUAUCAUUUCUUAUAAUCUUUUCUUUCUUUCUUUCAUCGCUCAGCAUUUAACAGUUUUUUCCUAUCACAUCUUUCUUUCUUUUUCAUUUCUUUUUUCUUUUCUUCUCUUUUCUUUCUUUUGCCUUUCUUUACUUCAUUUAUUACACAUAUUUAUUACUUUCUUUUAUUUCUUUCUUCAUCCACCCUUUCAUUCUUUCUUUUUUAUUUCUUUCUUCGCUCAGCAUUUUACUACUCUUUCUUUCUUUUUUCUUGGCUCAUUCUUUUUUCGCCUAGCAUUUAUUUCUUUUCUUUUCUUUUUAUUUCUUCCUUUUCUUUCUUUCUUUUUCGCCUAUAUUUAUUUAGGUUUAUUACACUCUUUUUUUUCUUUCUUUCUUUCUUUUUUUCCUUUCUUUCUUUCUUUUCUUUCUUUCUUUCUUUCUUUCUUUUCUCCCGCUUUUUAUUUUCUUUUUUUUCUUUUUCGCCUAGCAUUUAUAACACUUUCUUUUUUUUUUCUUUCUUUCUCUCUUUCUUUCUUUUCUUUCUUUCUUCCUCUACCUUUUCUUUUUUCUUUCUUUCUUUCUUUCCUCUUCUUUUCUUUCUUCUUUUUUCCUUCUUUUUCGCUUUCUUUUUCUUUCUUUAUUUUCUUUCUUUCUUUCUUUCUUUCUUUUCUUCCUCACAUUUCUUUUCUUUCUGCAUUUUCUUUCUUUCUUCCAACUUUCUUUCUUUACACACUCUUUCUUUUCUUUUUUUCUUCAUCCUUUUCUUUUCUUGGGUUUAUUACACAUUCUUUCUUUCUUUUUUCUUCCUCAGUUUUGUUUCUUCUUUUUCAGCAUUUAUUACACUCUUUAUUUUCUUUUUUUCUUUCUUUCUUGGCUUCUCUUUCUUUUACAACUCUACUCCUUUCUCUUCUUUCUUUUCACCUAAAUUUAUUACAAGGUUUCUUUCUUUCUUUUUCCUUUUAUUUCUUUCUUCACUCAGCAUUUAUUACCCUUUCUCUUUUUCUUUUUUUUUAUUCUUUCUUUUUUCUUUUCUUUCAGCAUUUAUUACACUCUUUAUUUUUCUUUCUUUUUUCUUUCUUUCUUUUUCCUCAGCAUUUUUCGCCUAGCAUUUUAUUACACUCUUUUUUUCUUUCUUUCUUUCUUUCUUUCUUUCUUUCUUUCUUUCUUUCUUUCUUUUCUUUCUUUCUUUUUUCUUUUUUCUUCAGCAUUUUCUUUCUCCCUUUCUUUCUUUCUUUCUUUUUUCUUUUUCUUUCUUUCAUUUUUUACUCUUUUUUUCUUUCUUUUCUUUUUUUUGCUUUCUUUUCUUUCUUUCUUUUCUUUUCUUUCUUUAUUACUUCUUCUUCCUUUUUUUUUAUUUUACUUUCUUUCUUUCUUUUCUUUCUUUCUUUCUUUCUUCUUUAUUACUUUCUCUUCAUUUUUUUUCUCCUUUUUUUCUUUCUUUCUUUUUUUUCUUUCUUUCUUUCUUUCUUUCUUUCUUCACUCUUUCUCCCUUUUCUUUUUCUUUUUUUUCUAGAUUUUUGUACUUUUCUUUUCUUUCUUGCUUCCAUAGCAUUUAUUACACUCUUUAUUUUCUUUUCUUUCUUUCUUUCUUUCUUUCUUUCUUUUUUCUUUUUUUUUAUUUUUUCUUUCUUUCUUUUUCUUUCUUUCUUUCUUUUUUUUCUUCUUUUCUUCGCUCAGCAUUUAUUACUCCUUUUCUUUUUUCUUUCUUUUUUUUUUCGCUUCUCAGCAUUUAUUACACUUUUAUUUUCUUUCUUUCUUUCUUUUUACACUCUUUCUUUUUCUUUCUUUCUUUCUUUCUUUCUUUCUUUCUUUCUUUUCUUUCUUUCUUCACUCAGUAUUUUAUUACUCCCUUUCUCUUCUUUCUUUUUUUCGCCUAGCAUUUAUUACACUCUUUAUUUUCUUUCUUUCUUUCUUUCUUUCUUUCACUCUUUCUUCACUCCUUUCUCUUUCUUUUUUCUUUUUUUUUUACACUCGCCUUGCAUUUAUUACUUUCUUUAUUUUUUUCUUUCUUUCUUUCUUUCUUCACUCAGCAUUUAUUACUCCCUUUUCUUUUCUUUCUUUUUUCGCUUUCUUUUUUUCUUUCUUUUUUUUUCUUUUUUAUUUCUUUCUCUCUUUUUUUUUUCCUCCUUUAUUACUCCCUUUCUCUUCUUUAUUUUUUCUUUCUUUCUUUCUUUCUUUCUUUCUUUUCUUUCUUUCUUUCUCAGCAUUUAUUACCCUUUCUUUCUUUUCUUUUCGCCUCUUUAUUUUCUUUUCUUUCUUGCUUCCCUAGCAUUUAUUACUCUUUCUUUUUCUUUCUUUUUUCUUCCUCAGCAUUUGUACUCUUUUUUUUCUUUCUUUUUUUUUUAUCUCUUUAUUUUCUUUCUUCUUUCUUUCUUUCUCUUUCUUUCUUUCUUUCUUCACUCAGCAUUUAUUACUCCCUUUCUCUUCUUUCUUUUUUUUACCUUUUUUUUACUUUUUUCUUCAUUUAUUACUUUCUCUUCUUUCUUUUUUCGCCUAGGAUUUUUACACUCUUUUUUUCUUUCUUUCUUUUUUUCUUUUCUUUUCUUCACUUUCUUUCAAUCUUUCUUUCUUUCUUUCUUACUCUUUCUUUCUUUCUUUCUUUCUUUCUUUUUCCUUCAGCAUUUAUUACCUUUCUUUUCUUUCUUUCUUUCUUUCUUCACUCCACAUUUUACACUCUUUCUCUUCUUUCUUUUUUUUUCUUUCUUUCUUUUUUCUUUUUUUUUUUUUCUUGCUUCUUUCUUUCUUUCUUUUGAUUUAUUACACUCUUUCUUUUCUUUCUUUCUUUCUCUCUUUUUUUCUUUCUUUCUUUUUUCUUUCUUUCUUUCUUUCCCUUUUUCUUUUCCUCAGCAUUUAGCAUUUUCUUUCUCCCCUUUCUUUCUUCUUUCUUUUUUCUUCACUCAGCAUUUAUUACUUUCUUUCUUUUUUUUUUUUUCUUUCUCUCUUUCUUUCUUUUCUUUCUUUCUUUCUUUCUUUUCUUUCUUUCUUUUUCUUUCUUCACUCAGCAUUUAUUACUCCCUUUCUCUUUUUUUUUUUCGCCUAGGUUUAUUACUCUCUUUUUUUCUUUCUUUCAUUUAUUCGCCUCGCAUUUAUUUUCCUCUUUAUUUUCUUUCUUUCUUUCUUUCUUUCUUCACUCAGCAUUUAUUACUCCUUUCUCUUCUUUCUUUUUUUUUUUUAGCAUUUUUUACACUCUUUAUUUUUUUUUUUCUUUUCUUUCUUUCUUUCUUUCUUUUUCUUUCUUUCUUUCUUUCUUUCUUUCUUCCUCAGCAUUUAUUACUCCUUUCUCUUCUUUUCUUUUUUCGCCUAGGAUUUAUUACUCUUUUUUUUUCUUUCUUGCUUUUUUCGCCUAGCAUUUAUUACACUCUUUAUUUUUCUUUUCUUUCUUUCUUUUCUUCUUCACUCAGCAUUUAUUACUCCCUUUCUCUUCUUUCUUUUUUCGCCUGCAUUUAUUACACUUUUCUUUUCUUUCUUGUUUCGCCUAGCAUUUAUUACUCUUUAUUUUCUUUCUUUUUUCUUUCUUUUCUUCCAUUUAUUACUCUUUCUUUUUUUUACCUUUUUUUUCUUUCUUGCUUUCAUUUAUUACACUCUUUAUUUUCUUUCUUUCUUUCUUUUUUCUUUCUUCACUCAGCAUUUAUUACUCCCUUUCUCUUCUUUCUUUUUCGCCUGGGUUUAUUACACUCUUUCUUUUCUUUCUUGCUUCCUUCUAGCAUUUAUUACACUCUUUAUUUUCUUUCUUUCUUUCUUUCUUUCUUCCUCAGCAUUAUUACUCCCUUUCUCUUCUUUUUUCGCCUAGGAUUUAUUACACUCUUUAUUUUCUUUCUUUCUCUCUUUCUUUCUUUCUUUCUUUUCUUUCUUUCUUUCUUUCUUUCUUCACUCAGCAUUUAUUACUCCCUUUCUCUUCUUUCUUUUUUCGCCUAG